AUCGAAACUGAUUUAACAAAAUUACAAAAUUGGGAAAAAGCAAUAAUAGAGUCUUUAGAUAAAAAUUUUCUCUCAACAGAAAAAACUAAGGAAAAAUUAAAUCAGAUCAGAAUUGAUAGAAUCAAUUUGUUACAAAAUCCAGUUCAACCUAAAACUAAAAUACCAAAAAGACCAAGAACACCAGAUGAUCCUAUAUUAAGACAACCUAAUAACGCAGAUCAAAUAAGAAAUAUCAAUGGUUCUCCUGAAUCACAAAUAUUAAAUAUUAUCAAUCAAUAUAGAAAAACAUUAGACAACGAUAGUUUAAAGAAAUUUCCAAGAUUAAAAAUCAAACCAGUAUCUGAUAUAAUCAAAAAGAGUUAUGAUAAUAGUAAAAACAAAAAAGCUUUAUUGGAUGCAUUAUAUUACAUGUGGGUUCUUGGAAAAGAUGAAAAAUUUCUUUUAGAAAAAAAAUAUACAAAAAGAAGAAUUGAAGAAACUGAUACACUAACAAAAGAAUUAAUAAACUAUCUAUACGAAGAACAACCAAGAAAGAAAGCAAAUAUUUCAACAAACAGACUUAAAAAAGAUAAAAU